AAUUUCUCCACUCUUAGUGUAACACAUCAUUUUUACCUAUAUUUUCUCUUCCCUAUACUGCUUUCUUCCUCUGGAAAAAGUGCUAAGAAUGGGAUCUACAGUCGGUGAAGGUGCACUAGUUCAUGUAUUUCUGGUCUCAUUUCCUGGCCAAGGACAUGUUAAUCCUCUACUUAGACUUGGCAAACGCCUAGCUUCAAAAGGCCUUCUUGUUACUUUCUCAGCACCUGAAAGUUGUGGUUCAGAAAUGAAAAAAUCCAACCCCAAAAUCACAACUAGUGAACCAAUUCCUUAUGGUAAUGGUAUGAUGAGAUUCCAAUUUUUCGACGAUGAUUGGGAUCAUUCUAAGCCGAAUGGAAACGGCUUAGAUUCCUACUUACAACAUCUUGAGCUAACUGGCAAGGAAAUUCUCCCAAAAAUGAUCAAGAAAUACGAAGAACAAGAUUGCCCUAUUUCUUGUUUGAUUAAUAAUCCUUUUAUUCCUUGGGUUUGUGAUGUUGCUGAAAGUCUUGGAAUUCCUAGUGCUAUGCUUUGGAUACAGUCUGCAGCUAGCUUUUCAGCUUAUUACCAUUAUUACCAUGGUUUAGUUCCAUUUCCUACUGAAUCUCAACUUGACAUUGAUGUUCGACUACCUUAUAUGCCUUUAUUAAAGUACGAUGAAAUUCCUAGUUUCUUGCAUCCUAGUACACCAUAUUGUUUUUUAAGAAGAGCCAUUUUAGGUCAAUACAAGAAUUUAUCCAAAUUGUCCUUUAUACUUAUGGAAACUUUCCAAGAACUUGAACAUGACGUAGUUAAUUACCUGAUUUCCAAAAAAAUUCCUAUCAAAACUGUGGGUCCACUAUUCAAAUACCCUAAAUUAGUAACUUCUACAAAUGAUGAUGUCCGAGGUGAUUUUAUGAAGGUUGACGAAAAUUGUAUAGAUUGGUUAGAUACAAAAUUGCCAUCGUCUGUGGUUUACAUUUCGUUUGGUAGUAUUGUCACAUUCAAAAGGGAACAAGGGGAGGAAAUAGCAUAUGGAUUGUUAAAUUCAGGGGUUAAUUUUUUGUGGGUAAUUAAGCCACCAACUAAAGUCCCAAAUUUUGAGCCAUUUGUGUUACCUAAUGGAUUUCUAGAGAAAGUUGGAGAUAGGGGAAAAAUAGUACAAUGGUGUCCACAAGAACAAGUGUUGGCACACCCAUCAGUGGCCUGUUUCGUGACACAUUGUGGAUGGAAUUCGACAAUGGAAGCGCUUUCUAGUGGUAUGCCGGUUUUGGCUUUUCCUCACUGGGGUGACCAAGUUACUGAUGCUAAAUAUUUAGUCGAUGUAUUUAAAGUUGGACUUCGACUAAGUAGAGGCGAGGCUGAAAAUAGGAUUAUUCCGAGGGAAGAAGUGGAGAAGUGCGUGAGGGAGGUUAUUAGUGGGCCACAGGCGGCGGAGAUGAAAGAGAAUGCGUUGAAAUGGAAGAAGGCGGCGGAGGAAGCAGUGGCAGACGGUGGCUCCUCGGAGAGGAACUUGCAAGAUUUUGUUGACUAUGUUAGAAGUGAGCAUGAGCAACAUAAAGGUGGUUAAUGCACCAGCUGAGGCACCCGAUGAUCAUCCAUAACUUCCGAGAAGGAAACAAGGUGGCCCAUAAAUUGGCCAAGGAUGG